UCUGUUUGGCUCAGGUUUGAGAGAAACAGUAGGGGGGAGAAAGAGAAAAAGAAGUGAGCCAGUGUCAGAGCCGACUUAACCCAAGCGCGCGCACUGACCCUCCCUGCAGACGCCCGCCCAGCGGAAGGCAAAACGGCAGAGGGCGGGGCCAAGGUACAGGCGGGCUCUGAAGGGGCGGGUUCCCUAAUCCGCAAAAACGCGGUUCCAAACUGGCCCAAACCGACUAACGCUGCAAAAGCCAGGCCGCGCUAACUCCUCAGAGACCUGCUGCCUCUUCCUGCACCUUUGCCAUUGCAGUUCAUUUGCCUACCUUUCAGUCGUCGUCUUCUUUGUCACCGUGCCGCUACCACAGCAGCAUCGACGACAGAUAAGUGGCGGAUUCAGGAAUUUGGGGUUGGGAGUCUGGGCAGGCGCCAGGAACCGACAGCACUCACGAGCCCGCCAUCUCUCUCUAGCCACCACGGCUGCAGUUUCUCUCCCGGUCCGGAACACCGUUGAGAGGCACACGCUGUCCCAGUGCUUACUGUCAGAAUUAGAGCUUUUCUGUCAGUUCUGUGCAAGCGCUUGAAGAAGGAUCCAGUCUCUGAGAUCGCGAAAAAAAUUAUAAUCUCAUUUUGUCAGCUUAUUUAAGCAAGCAGUAACUUUGCCUAACACUUCUUUCUUAAGUCCUGAGCAUGUCUCCUCCAACAGUGCCUCCCACAGGGAUAGAUGGCGUGUCUGCAUACCUGAUGAAGAAAAGGCACACCCACAGGAAGCAGCGGCGCAAGCCCACUUUCCUCACUUGUAGGAACAUAGUGGGCUGUCGCAUUCAACACGGCUGGAAAGAAGGCAAUGAGCCGGUGGAGCAGUGGAAGGGCACCGUACUCGAACAGGUUUCUGUGAAGCCCACACUCUACAUCAUUAAAUAUGAUGGCAAAGAUAGUGUGUAUGGAUUAGAACUUCACCGAGAUAAAAGAGUUUUAGCGCUGGAGAUUCUUCCUGAGAGAGUGCCAGCUCCUCGUAUUGAUUCACGCUUGGCAGAUUCCUUGAUUGGGAAAGCAGUGGGGCAUGUGUUUGAAGGUGAGCACGGUACAAAAGAUGAAUGGAAGGGUAUGGUACUGGCGCGAGCACCCGUGAUGGAUACUUGGUUUUAUAUCACCUAUGAGAAAGAUCCAGUCCUAUAUAUGUACACCUUGCUGGAUGACUACAAAGAUGGUGACCUUCGUAUCAUCCCAGAUUCCAGCUACUAUUUUCCUACAGCAGAACGGGAGCCUGGAGAAGUGAUCGACAGCCUCGUGGGCAAGCAGGUGGAGCACGCCAAAGAUGAUGGGUCCAAGAGAACUGGCAUUUUCAUUCAUCAAGUGGUGGCCAAGCCAUCUGUUUACUUUAUUAAGUUUGAUGACGAUAUUCACAUUUAUGUCUAUGGUUUGGUGAGAACUCCGUAAGUUUGUUAUGCUCUUUACAAAAGUUGUGGAGUUAUUAGAUGUAAAAUAUUUCCUGUUCUCAUAAUUGCACCUUUGAGAACAGUUUUGACUCAAAAAUUCAGGAAAGUGGGUAAAUGUUAUUGUGCCUCAAAAUCUUACAUUGUCUAGUUCCACAGUUUUGGCCCAAUGUACAGUGAUAAUUUUGAUAUUUAUUCUAUAAUUGAAAUUUUUAAUUCGGCGCUGAUAGUAAAAUAAAGUGCAACCAUUGGAACAAUGCAAAAGUAAAUCAGCCUUGCACUAUGUCCUUCUUUCCCCACUUUUUCCUUGCCUCUUUUUCUUCCAAGGUAACAAGUGUCAAAAACAUGACUUUUUCUGUCCUCAAGAAUUGUUACAGUAUUUUCUCUAAAAAUGACAAGUUGCAAGUAUUUAUCUAAUUGCUUUUCCCACUUUGCAUACAGAUAACAGCCUUCCAGGCUAAUUAAUACAAUUAUCUGUCUCUACCACUAUCUUUCACUCUUAUUCUCUUGCUUACUGUUUCAUACAUAGUAUAUGUAAGGUGCCAAAAAAGUAUUCAACCAUCCUGUUACUAAUGGUCAGUUAUUUCCUUUUUUUUUAUUGUAACAUUGCCAAAAUAUACUGGUCCUUUUAUUUCUACAGGUUAGAUUCUCAGAAAUGCUAAAUAGGCACAUGUUUAAUUUUAAGAACUAUUAUAACAGUACUUGUAAUGGAUUCAAGUCCCCAUUCCAGCAUCUUCUACAGCAAUCAUUAGUGCUUGAAAAUCUGAAAGGUGAAGAAUUGCAUUGCAUUCCUUGUCACUUUAGUUGGCUUUUACUAGAUUUCAAUGAAUAUUUCUUUUUCUAUCAGGACAUUUCUCUUUUGUGAUUUGACAGUUAUUAUCAUUUGUUCAUUGAUGUGUUGAAUUGUUGAUUUUUUUUCCUUAUAAAUUUGUAGGAAUUCCUAUUUUAAAGUCCAUUUAAUUAUUUGUAACUCAUGUUAUUAUUUUUUCAUUAUAUCAUUACUCUUGACUUUAUUGAUGAUAUGUUUUACUUUAUAAUUUUUAGAAAAAAUUUAGAUAGACCACUAUUUCUUUUAUAGUUUUUUCUGUUUUUUGUUGUUUUUUUUUCAGAUGGAUGUCCCUAACUUGUCAGAUAAAUAUUCACCUACAUUUUUCUAAUAAUUUUACUGUUUUUAAAGUUUAAAUGUUUUAUCCAAAAAAUUCAAAUUUCAUCUGAAAUUUAUUGUUACAUCAUUUAAAAUAGAGAUCCAACUACACUUUUCUUUUACAUUCAUUAGCUAUCUUAUUUGUAACAAUUUUCAAAUAUCUAAACCAGUAUGACAUAGAUAUAAUUAUAGUGGCAAACCAUAGAUUUUAGAACUAGUAGAGCAAGUCAUUAGUAUUUUUUAAUCAUCUAAUUUUUCUUGACACUUAUUCUUACAUAUGAAAAUUCAGAAUAUUUUUAGCAUUGAAAAAAAGCCUAAUGUCUUAACUAUAGUUGAAGUACACUUCUGCAUUCUCAUUUUAAGGAAUAUUUAAUAAUAUUAACCUUUAACAUUCAAGAGUGUUGGUACAUUAUUGAAAAUUUUAUUCUCUUUUUAAUAAUAUUCUUCAUAUCAUCUUUACCUGAAUUCAUUUUGUAAGUAUUUUUAUACAUAUCAAAUUGUUACAUUACAAUUUGGACAGCUUUCUUUUCUUCAUUUGUAACAUUUCGGAUAAUGAAAGCCACCUAAAGAAUUUCAUAUAUUUACCUUUUACCGAUUUUUUUUUAAUCCUAAAUUACAGUAGACUUUUAAAAUAGAAUAUUUUGGAUUUUCUAGAUAUAUAAUCAUUACACAUGUAACUAGAGAUUAUUUUUCUUCUAAUAUUCAUACUGAUUUUUAUUACAUUAGCUGAUUUACCCAAAACAGUAUUGCAUAACAAUAAUAACGAACAUAUUUGUCCUAUUUUUAUUUUUCAUAUAAAUAUCCUUAGAAUUUCAUACUGGUAUGAUAUUUGCUGUUGGUUAUUGAUAGUCAUUAAUAUGUUUAGAAAUUUUUGCUUUUCCUGUUUUAAAUAGUAUUAUUAUUAUUAGAAGGGGCUCCUGGCUUUUAUCAAAUGCAUUUUUACACCUAUUAUUAACAUAUAUCAUUUUUCAUUUUUGAACCAAAUAUGCAUUUUCAAAAUAAAUUCUACUAGACCAUGGUGAAAUAAUCAUUUUUUAAAUGGCUAGAUUUUAUUUACCAAUAUUAAAUUUAGAAUUAUUUUAUUUGCAUUCCAAAUUGGAAUUUUUAUGCUCUGUAUAUCAAGUUUUGUUAUUAAACUUAUUCUAGCUUUAAAAACUAUGACUUGAUGAGUUUUCAGUCUUUACCUGUGAACUGAAAUAAUUUAAAUAACAUUAGAAUUUUUGUUCUUAAAAAUUACCUAGUAAGAAGCUAUAAAACAGUGUAACCCCAGUGACACUUUUGAUUAUAGAUAUUUAAUCAGUAAUCAAAUUUUUUCAGUGGCAAUUAGUUUGUUCAAGACUUUGUUAAAAAGAAAUAUGUAUUUUGUGUAAGAUACAGAGUUUCAGGUUGUCUGUAUUACCAAACUUGUUGAUUGUACUAUUCAGAUGCUAUAAGUCUUCAUAUAUUUUAUGCUAAUUAGAUCUGUUCAAUUUUGAAAAUGUAAUAAAAUCAUGAGUUGCAAUGAUAUUUUAAA